AUAAACCAUAAAGAAGAAUCAUGUUGCCCAGGAUGCAAGUGUGUUGGGCAUGGGCUCUCCCCGUUAGCUCGCAGUUUGUUUGCAGGAGGAGACAGCCCGUCCUCCGCCGCAGCAAGGCACCGUCUCACUCACACUGCAGCAGUGUGCAGAACAACGUACCGUUAAGCCGUCUUAUCAACCCAUUCACUUCCAGAUUCGGUUCAACUUUUCACGUCCAGGUGUCCAGAACAAUAAGCAUGUCGUCCAUCGGGAUGUCUCAGAGAAUGGUUUGGGUGGACCUGGAGAUGACGGGUCUGGACAUUGAGAAGGACCAGAUCAUUGAAAUGGCAUGCAUUAUAACAGACUCUGACCUGAACAUUUUGGCUGAGGGGCCCAACUUGAUAAUUAAGCAGCCAACCGAGCUGCUGGAAGGGAUGUCCGACUGGUGUAAAGAGCAUCAUGGGAAGUCAGGACUGACGCAGGCUGUACAGGACAGUAAAAUCAGCCUGGAACAAGCAGAGUACGAGUUCCUGUCCUUCGUCAGACAGCACACCCCACCGGGACAGUGUCCCCUUGCUGGGAACUCUGUGCAUGCAGACAAGAGGUUCCUGGACAAGUACAUGCCCCAGUUUAUGUACCACCUGCACUACAGGAUCAUUGAUGUCAGCACCAUCAAGGAGCUCUGCAGGCGGUGGUUUCCAGAGGAAUACAAGAUGGUGCCCAACAAGAAAGCAGCCCACAGAGCGUUGGAUGACAUCCAGGAGAGCAUCAAAGAGCUGCAGUACUACAGAGCCAAUGUCUUCAAAGCCUCAACAGAGGAGAAGAAGCGCAAGAUCGUAGAGAACGGAGGCAGCAACAAUAGUUAGCACGAGUGGGACUAUGGAGUGGUGCAUGUGAUUGUCUCAUUGAUUUUAUUUUGAGUUGAUAUUUGGCUACCCAAUGGUCCUUUAUUUCAGUAUUGUUCAAUGUAGAGGUUUCAUCAAAGGGAAACAACAGUUUAUUCAAAAGAGUUAAAGAGAAACAUUAAAAGGUAACCUUACAGUUUUGUAUUUAUUUAUCUUUAGUCUGGGAUUGGCUUUAUUUUCCCUUGUUUUUCAAAUGAAACCAAUUAAACUGUGAUCCCUGAGGAAACGGAC